AUGGAUUUCUUUGACACGCGCUAUUUUAGGAUUAACAAGUUCUUUCUGUCUUUCAUCGGUCUCUGGCCAUAUCAAACAUCCUUCAUAAAGCUUCUAACUCAGUCGUUCGCCAUAUUUGGCGUUACAAUAAUGUGCGCGCCACAGAUUGCAUAUAUGUUCAAGCAUGUGGAUGAUUUGGAUAAUAUGUUCGAGCUCAUGCCAAUUCUAGCUGGCACAGUGAUAUGUAUUGCAAAAAUCACCAGUCUGACUUGCAAUUCCAAAAUGGGGCUUCUGCAACAUAUGCAAGAUGAUUGGAACAAUCUAUUGGUCAGUGAGGAAACGCAAAUUUUAACGCAUUAUGCUGAAAAAAGUCGAAAACUCAUGUUGGCAUAUUCAAUUAGUGUAAUCGGAUUUGUAUUCUGCUACGCUUUGUUACCUCUCACCGGACCUGUAUUUGACAUCAUCUUACCUCUGAAUGAAACAAGACCGAGAAAACUGCCACAUCUCGCAGAUUUUGUCAUUCUCGAUCAAGAGAAAUAUUAUUACACACUUUUGCUGAUCUUGUAUAUUGGUUAUGUUGUAUGUGUUUCGAUCGCGGUAGCUGCCGACAUUUUGUACAUUUUCUUAGUGGAGCAUAUUUGCGGAAUGUACGACGUAUUGUGUCAUCGCCUGAGGAAUUUAGCAGCACACGAUGAUUCACGAUGGAUAGACGAUGAUUACAUUCACGAGAAAAUCGGUCGAUAUGUUCGACAUUGCAUUCAACUACAUGAAAGAAUAAGAUUGUUGGUGUGA